AAUGGGCGACUAUACGCUGGACGUGGACAACUUGAUUCAGCGGCUCCUAGAAGCUCACAAACUGCAACAGCAGCAGGCGCAAGAGUCCCGGAAAAAGGGCAAACUGAAAGAGAUAUUCUCACACGAUUUUAUGGUGCGAGGAUGUCGUCCAGGGAAAUCAGUACCAAUGCCAGAGGAAGAAAUUCGAGCGCUAUGUUUAAAAUCUCGUGAAAUUUUCCUACAACAACCAAUACUUCUGGAAUUGGAAGCUCCACUCAAAAUUUGUGGUGAUAUACAUGGUCAGUACACAGAUUUGCUACGACUGUUCGAGUACGGUGGAUUUCCCCCAGAGGCCAAUUAUUUAUUCCUGGGCGAUUACGUGGACCGAGGCAAACAGUCGUUGGAAACGAUCUGUCUACUGUUAGCAUACAAAAUCAAGUAUCCGGAAAACUUUUUCCUACUGCGCGGAAAUCAUGAGUGUGCCAGUAUUAAUAGGAUAUAUGGUUUCUACGAUGAAUGCAAGCGGCGGUACAACGUGAAACUGUGGAAAACUUUUACCGAUUGUUUCAAUUGCCUGCCCAUUGCUGCCAUUAUUGAUGAGAAAAUAUUCUGCUGUCACGGAGGCUUAAGCCCGGAUUUGAACCAUAUGGAACAGAUUAAGCGCAUAAUGCGACCGACAGAUGUACCCGAUACGGGGCUACUGUGCGAUCUGCUGUGGAGCGAUCCGGACAAGGAUGUGAAGGGUUGGGGGGAGAAUGAUCGUGGCGUAAGCUUUACGUUCGGUGUGGACAUCGUUGCAAAGUUUUUGCUUAUUCACGAGUUGGAUCUCAUUUGCCGAGCGCAUCAGGUCGUUGAAGAUGGGUACGAGUUCUUUGCCCGCCGAUCUCUAGUAACGCUGUUUUCCGCACCGAACUAUUGUGGCGAAUUCGAUAAUGCUGGCGGCAUGAUGUCUGUCGAUGCGAAUUUAAUGUGUUCGUUUCAGAUUCUGAAGCCAUCGGAAAAGAAGGCUAAAUAUCAGUACAGCGGAACAAACAAUCAGCGGCCCCAGACGCCCCAGCGCAAUCAAAAUCCAACCAAUAAACGGAAAUAAUAAUUUCUCUCCCUUCUCAACCGCUACCUAACGAGACGCAGCAAAAAGAAGUCAUCAUUAACAGCCAGUUCGUCUGCAAACAUCGCCACCAAUAACUCAACUAAUGUUUCCAACAGCACUGAUGGGGAAGAUGAAAUCAUGCUUACCGGUACCUCCGUGCCGUACGAUCCUGCAGCCGAGCAUUUGGCACAAUGUCAGGAGCAGGAACGA